AUCGUUCUCGACUGAGUUCUCAUCUACAAUAGAAUGUUAAAGGUUGAAUACUAUUAAUAUUUAUAGGAAAUUCAACAGUUUUUAUAUCACUUUAACAAUAUGAACGUGUUCGGUGCUUAUAAUUUGCUCAAUAUUAGUUUAUUCCGUUAUCCCAGCGAGAUAAACCAGUGCAACCGAAAGAAGUACUAGAAUCACAACAAACUACACACGACACAACAAAAAAUGCCGAUGCACAACAUUACUAACAAAAGCAUUUACUUCCAGAGGCGACCAUAUGUGUAUGUGUGAACGCAACGAAACACCCAACUCGCGAUACAUAACAAUAUCGGAUAUGUCAGUCUGCAUUGGACUGCUCAGCGAAACGAAUCGGUUGGUUCCGCGAACGCAAACAAUACAAAAGUGUUUUUCCUAUAAAACCGAGCUUCAAGUGCAAGAUAAGAUUGCCUGCGAGUUGCAGAAGAAUGUAACCAUCAUCAGCGCAGCGUGAAUGAUAGGUUGUUCAACAUUCCACAAAGUGACGAUAGUUAGUAAUUAGAUUAACAGUUCUGAUGGACUAAGGUAUUUUUCUAUGUGAACAACUCGGAGAAGUCUACUGCUGAAGGGAGGAAAAAAAAUCGAAAGUGACCACCGUCGUGUUGCUGUCGUCGUCAUCAUCGUGGGACCCAGGUCAGGUCAGUCAGCAGCUAGCCGCCUGUGGUAAUCGCGUGUACCGUGGAUAUUUCGUCAGAGUGCAGCACUUCGACGACAGAAGGGAUAACCUCGGGGCGGCCGCAGAGUGUGUGUUGUGAUUAUAUGCCGUGUUUUUACAGCUAUUUGCCUGCUGAAACAGCGAUAUUAUGUAAAUUUAUUCAUCCGACGGCAGUACAAAGUGGUGAUAGCCCGCAGACGCUAUGAGCGCAGUGAAUAGUCGCGGUUUCCAGUGGUGAUAUCUCUCCCGAGAGUGUGCAUCAAAGCUGUUCCAAUUUGAAUCCAGCAGGAAUUAGGUUCUGCCUGUGUCGAGUGGGGGCGGCGACGGUGACGUUAUUCGGUGUGAACCGAGUGAGGAUUACUGCAGGACGAACGGCGAAAGUAUGCAUCCGUACUCACUAUGAUAGCGACGGGAUCUAGGCGAGCUGGACAGAAAAUGUCCAAACAACAGGGAAAAUAUGAGUUGCUUAAGGAGGAUACUAGUUUAAGGAAAAAACACACCUACAUCCAAGGAUGCCUUCUGUUGGCCUUAUGCACGAUGUCCAGCGUGGCCGUGUACGCGACCUGGACGAUGAUCUACCGGCAGAACGUUAUCAUUCCACCGACACUAAUCGACAUUCCACCCAUUUGGCGGGAGCGGCUUCGCCAUUACGCUAAUAGUUACCACACCAUCUUCCAGCAGCAGCACUACUCGCCGGGGGUGCCGCCUCCAGUGGUCUUCCCCGGCACACCGGAGACGGAUGCACCGUUCGUGAAUGUCACGGCGAAUCUGGAUCUGCUCAGUGCUGAAUCGAGCACCACCGAAGAGCAGCGGCGCAUCAAAGAGCUGGAAAAUGAGCGGAUUUUGCCGUCCAAAUUCGGCAAUUUCAUCUACUCCCGGGAGAUGUCCAAGGGAACGAAGGAGACGGCGAAAAUUGUUUGCUACUACACAACUCCCUCGAUGAGUGCGGACAGCGGGAACGUAAGGCUGCGGAGUAGUCUCUAUCCGGAGCGCAUCGAUCCGUAUCUGUGCACCCAUUUGAACGUGGGCGUCAUUGGGAUCGUGAACGGGACGCUGUUCAUCGACCAGGAUCUGAGGGCGGUUUUCAACAGCACGCGGCAGCUGAAGAAGGCGAAUCGGGACCUGAAGGUGCUGCUCUGGGUGGGAGGCGGUGGCAUUGGGGGUUUCUCCGAGAUGGUGGCCAACCAUGCCAGUCGAAAGCAGUUCAUCAAAUCGCUGAAGGAAAACCUCGAGCUGUACCAGCUGGAUGGGGUGGAUCUGGACUGGGAGUUUCCCGGUAGUGGGAACAAAAAUAGGAUGCACUUCUCGCAGCUGCUGCACGAGAUUCGAAGGGAGUACCAGCGGGAGCAUCGAACGUACAUUCUGAGCGUGGCGGUGGCCGCUCCGGCGACGAUUGCCUAUCUCUCGUACGAUGUGCGGGAGAUCAACAGCUACGCGGACUAUGUCAACAUAAUGACGUACGACUAUCACUUCUAUUCGGGCUUUACGCCGCAGACAGGUUUAAACGCCCCGCUCUACCGGCGCCACAACGAGCACUCGAUCUUCGGCACGCUCAACAUCAACGCCUCCGUCCACUACUGGCUCUCGCAGGGCCUCGAGAAGAGCAAAAUCGUGAUCGGGCUGCCAACGUACGGGCACAGCUUCCGACUGGUCAGCUCACUCAACACCCGCAUCGGUGCACCGGCCGCCGACUUCGGCCGGGUCGGUAUGGUUGGGUUCGCUUCCUACUCGGAGAUCUGCUGGUUCCGGCGGCAUAACAUCUACGUCCACCAGGUGUACGACGUGGAAAGCUGCUCGCCCUAUCUGUACGCCGGCACGGAGUGGAUCUCGUACGAGGACGAACGCAGCCUGGAGUGCAAAGCGAACUACAUCAAGGACAAUGGGUUCGGCGGCGCGAUGAUUUUCUCGCUGAACACCGACGACUUCGGAGAGUACUGCGCCGAUAAUGCGCUGUUUCGGGGCCAGCAGGAGGAUGACACCGCUGGGAUGCCCCUCGGCAGCAGCAGUAGUUUUCCUCUGCUGAGGAAAAUACAUUCAGUGCUGACGGGUUGAUGAUGUUCCACAGGGUGAACGGGGAAACGAUACAAUAACUAAAAUACGACUUAUAAUUCUUAAGGGGGUGACGAUACGAGACGAUAUUUGAGCGAACAGGGAAGAGAAGCUGGGAGAAGCUGGGUUCAAUGGUAAUUAUUAGCUCGACUAAAGAAAAAAAAAACAAAUAAAACAUAAAAUUGUAGCUAGCCAUUAGAGAAGGAAAAAAAAAGUUAUGAAAACAAAGAUCAAAUUGAUAUUACACCUCAAACUUUGGGGGAACACAGCACGGUCAAGACACAAAACAAAGCAAAAACAAACAAACAAAAAAAAAACUAGUGCUGAUCUAGUCAACUCGCUUGAUCCGAUGGCGCGAUUUCAUGUUAGGAGGGAAGAGGGCAGCAAAUAGACAUUUCCUUUAUCACGGCGUUAUCAAGUAUUCGUUGUUCGUUUAUCGUCAAAAAAGCUGAGUGACAAUUUAAAAAAAUAUGUGCACCUGUUUUAAUUUAAACAAUUGUCUUCCAGCGAUGCAAAUUGAAGUUGUUCUUAGAUUUAAUGCGACGGAUUUUAUUAUGUUUCGAGUUCAGUAUUCAUUCCCCUGGGUAUUACCAGAAAGACUUAUGUUUUUGUUUAUUUCAAAACACUUGCUCCGAUUAAAAAGUGUUUUAUUUCGAUAAACAUGCAAAAACAAGUAGUUAAACAAAAAAGAAAAACCAAGCAGCCUUAUAGUUAGCUUGUAUGUUGAAGCGGAAGGCGAGUAGCGCAAAGGAUGUGACGCAACUUAUUUUUAUACACCACUUUUUGGGGGAGAGAUCAAAAUACGGCCCAGAUACUCUUCCGUCUGCCGUCUUUGCAUUUUAUAUGUUUUCAGACUGUGUAAGCUUUUUGUUCAAUAAUCAAUACAGCAGAGCUAAUAAAUACAGAUGGUGUGACUAGUCACAAUAUUUGAUCGCAACCGUAUCCGCAGAUAACCCUAGUGCCAAAAACCAGAGAACUAAACAGAUUAUUCAAUUACCACAUAACUA